AUGUCCUCCUUCCUGAGCAAGGUGUUUGCACACAAGCAGUAUGCAGCGUUCCGACCUAGUUACCCUGCGGAGCUGUACGCCGCAGUUCUUCAAUACCACCGGGCGAGCGGAAGGGAUCGCCUACGACACAAGCUUGCUCUGGACCUCGGCACUGGUCACGGCGUCGUGGUCCGCAGCCUGGCACCUCAUUUUGGAAAGGUCGUGGGGACUGACCCGUCGGCUGGCAUGAUCGCACAAGCCCAAGCCAUUACACAGGCGGAUCGGCUCUUGCAAGGCUCAGACAAAGUGUUAUUCAAGCAGGCCGGUGCUGAGAAAAUUGACUUCCUCACCGAUGGGUCCGUUGACCUUGUCACAGCGGGACAGGCGGCUCACUGGUUUGACUAUCCAAAGCUGUGGCCGGAGAUGGCCCGCCUGACUCGACCGGCCAGCACGCUUGCCUUCUUCGGAUACAAAGACCACGUUUUGCCACAAUACCCCAGGGCGAGUGAAAUAAUCCAGCACUAUGCUUACAGCAAGGAGCCGUACCUACUAGGUAGUUAUUGGCAACAGCCUGGACGCUCGAUCGUGCAGGAUAAGCUGAGAAAGGUAAUUCCUCCCCCAGAACAGUGGGAAGACGUGCAAAGAAUUGAGUAUGAGCCUGAUGUCAAGGCUGGACUGGGUCGGGGCCAAGGCCGGAGGUUCAUGAGCGCAAGAAUGAAACUGGGUGCCAUGGAAGAAUACAUCAGGACGUGGAGCUCUUUUCAUGAAUGGCAACGAAAGUUCCCGGAUAGAAAGCGACGGGGCACGGAAGGUGACUUGGAUGGUAAAGGGGAUGUUAUUGACGAACUCAUGGACAAAGUGCGUGAGACAGAGCCGCAACUGCAGGGCGACGGGUCCCCUGGUGGCUGGAAGGACUUGGAGGUCGACGUUGAAUGGGGCAGCGCGUUGAUCUUGGCCCGGCGAAAAUAA